CUCAACAAGGGCCCCUCCCCCCUGGCCCUCCCGCCCGCCUGAGCCAUGGCCGAGACGACGGACGAGCGGUCCCCUCUCCUCUCCGUCAACAACUCCGGCAAUGUCACCCCGUCGGCGGCCACCUUCGACGAGGGCGCCAAUGCGGUCGGCUUUCCAGGCUUUCCGGGGGGCCCGCCCCCCAUCCUCCCCGGCGAGGCGCCCCCUCCGUACACGCCGACCACGAGCCCGGACUCGGGAGGGGUGCCCAUGAUCACGUGCCGCGUGUGCCAGUCGCUCAUCAACGUGGAGGGGAAGCUCCACCAGCACGUGGUCAAGUGCAGCGUGUGCAACGAGGCCACGCCGAUAAAGAAUGCUCCCCCGGGCAAAAAGUACGUGCGCUGCCCGUGCAACUGCCUCCUCAUCUGCAAGGUGACGUCACAGCGCAUCGCCUGCCCCCGGCCCAACUGCAAGCGGAUAAUCAACCUGGGCCCCGUGACGGUGGCGGCUGCCAAUCAGUCAUCGCAGCCGUUCGGCACUCGUGUGGUGUGCGGACACUGCAGCCAGACGUUCAUGUGGGCCGAGUAUCGAGAUAACACUUUGGCCAAAUGUCCGCACUGCAAGAAAGUGUCGUCGAUUGGAAGGCGGUUUCCACGGCGACGCUGCUGCAUCUUCCUGGUGCUUGGACUCAUUGCUGUCGCGAUCGGAGCCGGAGUCACGGUGGGCACGGAGAAGAUGGCGCGUGAGCACCGCGGGAUAUACGCCGCGUGGAUUCUGAUCUACGUGAUCGGUCUGGCCGUGCUGCUGCGAGCCUGCUACUGGGGCUGCCUCAAGGUGAGCCAGCCGCAGCCCGCGCUGCCCUGAAGCCCUCCGGCCACAGCAGCAGCAGCAGCGUCACCGCCACCACCACCACCGCCGUCGUCAGCCACCGAGACCGAACUGCAACCGCUAUCACGGCUACAACAACCACCGCAGCUGCUUACGACCGUAAACGUGUCCAACCUGAACGAGCGCGGCCACCCGCUCGUGCCAUCGUAGCCGUCCUUGCCGAGUGUUUGCCGAUCGUUUUGUGUUUGUCGGCGCGGGUGUGCCGACGCCGUCAGCGCGUCAGCGCUGUGUCACCGCCGCCGACGCCGGAGCGUACCGCCACCGUCACUUUUUGGCAACGGCGCCGCCGCCGUUACCGGUGCCACCGCAACCACUUGCUGCCAACACCGAGACCCGCCGAUAUCCGUCACCACAACAACCAAAAUGUUCAACACCACUUGCAACCGCUAUCAUCACCGUUACCAGCAACCAUUGCCACCGCAACUACUGUCUUCAUCGUCAUCACCAUCACCACAAUCAAUAUCUUCACCACAAUCAAUAUCUUUACCAGCACCAUAAGCAAUAUCACCAUCACCACCGCCAUAACGAAUGUCACCAUUACCACCGCUAUAACAUACAUAACAUUUCUACUGAUAUGGAUAUAUACCAUCCCCAUCAGAAUCGAUAUUAUCGCCAUGACCACCACGACCAGCAGUCGCCACCAUCGGUCACCGUGACCACGGCUCUGACCCCCACCAGCGCGGCAAGGAACCCCGUGGCUCACGGCUCCAAGUUGAGUUUUGAUUGGCAACGUGCGUGCCGCCGAGCGACACAAACACCAACUCCCGUGACACUCCUCCUCCUCGUCGUCACCGCAGGCCGCGGCUGCCCUCCGUCGCGUCACGGGCAGUGGCGGCCGCUCGGCGUGUCCGUGGGGGGGGGGGGGAGAGUCGCGCGCCGGCAACUCGGAUUGCGCGCAACCGACACCGCUUGCCGCGUGGACGUCUGUGCAACUGGUCGCGCGGUCGAGUCGGCCGCUGCGCUUCCGAGCGUCGAUCCGCUCGGCGGUUUGCGGCGGCGCGUUACAUCGAGCGCGCGACACGUUUCGCGAGGCGCCACGAUCAUUACGAUCGUC